AUGGGGAAAGGCGGAGAGCGGGAGGCGCAGACCCGCUCCUACACCUGGGAGGAGAUCCAGAAGCACAACCUGCUCACCGACAAGUGGCUGGUGAUCGAGCGGAAGGUGUACAAUAUCAGCCAGUGGGUCAAACGGCAUCCGGGGGGGCGGCGCGUCAUCAGCCACUACGCCGGGGAGGAUGCCACGGAUGCAUUUCAGGCCUUUCAUCCAGAUAUAAAUUUCGUAAGGAAGUUUCUUAAGCCAUUAUUGAUUGGAGAACUUGCCCCUGGAGAACCUAGUCAAGACAGAGGCAAGAAUGCUCAGUUGCUGGAAGAUUUCCGCUCUCUGAGGAAGACAGCUGAGGACAUGGACUUAUUCAAGGCUAGCCCUGUAUUUUUUUCCCUUUGUUUGGGCCAUAUCCUUGCAAUGGAAGUUCUGGCCUGGUUAAUGGUUUCAUACUGUGGGACGGGUUGGAGCACAACCUUCAUCCUUUCUGUCAUCCUUGCAGUCUCUCAGGCCCAAGCUGGAUGGUUACAGCAUGACUUUGGACAUCUCUCUGUAUUUAAGAAGUCUGUCUGGAACCAUGUAGUUCAUAAGUUUGUGAUUGGUCACUUAAAGGGAGCCUCAGCAAACUGGUGGAAUCACCGGCAUUUCCAGCACCAUGCCAAGCCCAACAUCUUGCAGAAAGACCCAGAUGUGAACAUGCGGCAUCUUUUUGUUCUGGGAGAUACCCAGCCUGUUGAGUAUGGAAAGAAGAAGCUGAAAUUCUUUCCUUACAACCACCAGCACGAAUACUUCUUUUUUGUUUUCCCACCUCUCCUCAUUCCAGUUUACUUCCAUAUGCAAAUCUUCACGACCAUGUUCAAACACAAGUUUUGGGUGGACCUGGCGUGGGCCUUCAGCUAUUAUAUACGCUAUUUCAUCACAUUCAUCCCAUUCUAUGGAGUCUUGGGGUCCAUGUGUCUCCUCACCUUCGUCAGGUUUAUGGAAAGUCACUGGUUUGUUUGGGUCACACAGAUGAAUCACAUCCCAAUGGAAAUUGACAAUGAGAAGCACAGGGACUGGCUCAGUGCUCAGUUGGUAGCGACCUGCAAUGUUGAGCAAUCUUUUUUCAAUGACUGGUUCAGUGGGCACCUGAACUUUCAAAUAGAGCACCACCUGUUUCCCACAAUGCCACGCCACAACUACCACAAGAUAGCACCAUUGGUGAAGUCCCUGUGUGCCAAGUAUGAAGUCCCAUAUGAAGAAAAGCCGCUCCUGAAAGCAUUCUCAGACAUUGUUGGGUCCCUAAAGAAAUCUGGUGAACUUUGGUUGGAUGCCUACCUCCAUAAAUGAAGCUGGAUUUCUAGGAGGGAGAAGGAGUUAGC